CUUAUAUACAUCGUCUAUGUGAUAGACUUUCGGUUGUCACGUAGACAGUGUAUAUAUAAGUUAGUUACAGUUGCAAUUCAGAUACUGAUAUAAAUUUUCGUAAAUCGUUCACGCGUUAAAAAAUAAUUUCUUUAUCGAAAGAAUACGCAUAUCGUUAGUGAUAAUAAAGCAACCGUUGUAUUUUACUCGAAGCUUUUCAAUUUAAUUAAUGUAUUUCAAAUGAAAAUUGAAAAAUACCCAUGUUAAGAAGCGAAGCUGUCAGCCUAGUACUGUAAACAGAACAAGAUUGCAUUGUAUGAUCACUUGACGUUUAAAAUGUCCGUGACUGAAGAGAAAAUUCAAGAACUAAACAGACGAUUUCUGGAAUUUAUGAGCAAAAGUGAGAAUGUAGAAGCAGCAACUAAAGAAAUUUACGAUGAUCUCCUCGAUGAGGUAUUGAUGGGAUUUGUUUUCGACGUACAUCGAACUACAAAGACUGGUAGUUCUGACGUUGAAGAAGGCAUACCUGAUGACGAAUCAUAUGCUAUAGUAGAUUCUCCAGGAUUGGACGUGUUUGGUCAUGAUGCUAUCAAAAAAUUUCAAGAUUGUAAUUGUCCGAAUUGUGACAGAGGAGUUUCAGCAUUUCGUUUUGCAACCCAUUUAGAGAAAUGUAUGGGCAUGGGAAGAAACAGUUCACGAGUUGCAUCAAGACGUAUAGCAAAUAAUUCAAAAGAUCUUGGCAACUUCAGUGACAAUGACAAUGAUGUUGAUUGGAGUUUAAAUAAUGGUAGGCGUAAACGCAGGAAAGAUCGUAAUGGUAUGAAAAGAACAAAACAACAAAAGAAUAGUCAAAAGAAUGGUGAAACUGUAAAUGAACAUAUUCAUAGCAGCAAUGAGAAUUCCCCAUCGAAUUAUGAAAAUAUGUCCUUGGAAGAUAAACGGAUUUUACUAACACAGAUCUGUGGAGUAAUAUCAGAGCAUACAAAGAAAUUGUGUACAAGAUCAAUGCGAUGUCCACAACACACAGAGGAUCAAAGGAAAGAAAUGAGAGCAAAUUUGGAAUCUGGAAACAAUAUACAACCUAAUCAAGAUAAUCUUCAUGUAGAUGUGGACACCUAUGAAGAGGGAGAUGGGCAGAAUUUAAGAGAAGCAUUAGCGCGUUGGGAUCGUGAAGGAUCAAGUCAUUCAAGCCCAGCGGAUUCGAAAUCAACCACGUCAACAUCUUCGAUAAGUAGAAAACGGGAAACGAAAUCAAAAGGCAAAGGCAAAGGUUCCAAACGUGACCGUGGAUCACCCAUUUCACAAGCAGAUUAAAGUUAAUUCGUUUAAUUUAUUUUUUAAUUUUAAAAAUUUUCUAACAGGGAAAGUUAUGUAAUAAUAAUGUUCCUAUGCAUUGUAUAAAGCUUUAAGAAUAUAUUAUCCAUCAUAAAAAUAUCUUUUAAUUUUAUUCAAUAGUUGCUAUUUUCAAGAUCAUAUAACAAUUACCGUAUAUCUAUGAUAUGAUUGCGUAUGUAAACAAUAUUUUCAUUAUUUUGCUACUAGGAGGCGCUAUAUUGAAAAUACCUGAACUCUGAGUGCAUCUAUAUUCUACAUUACUACUUGUUUCAUGGUCAUGCGUUACUUUUCAUUAAACAUUAGUUGACGUUUUACGUAAGGUUAUAGUGUUUUAAUAAAUCGAAAUAAAUAUGUUAAAUAUACAAAUAAGUACUGCUUCUGGAAUAAAACAGAUUCUUGCUGUUAAUACACCUCUUAAAAUUUAUGAAUUACACGAUCGAAUUAAAGGAUUAACAGAAAACUUUUAUAUCGUACAUAAUGGAAAACUCGUGGAUGAAAAUGUCACUUGCUAUGAUGGAUAUGUUUCUAUUAUACCGCGAUUGUUUGGUGGAAAAGGAGGAUUUGGUUCCAUGCUACGAGCGAUUGGAGCACAAAUUGAAAAAACUACGAAUCGCGAAGCUUGUAGAGAUUUAAGUGGACGUAGACUUCGUGAUAUUAAUGAAGAAAAAAGAUUAAAGGCUUGGAUCGAGAAACAAGGAAAACGAGAAGAAGAAGCGGCGGAACGUAAAAAGAAAAAAUUAGAAAGACUUUGCACCGAACCUAAACAUGAGUUUAAAGAUCAAAUCUACGAACACGAAAGAUCGGUUCUUACAGAACGAGUUGGAGAUGCAGUUGAAGAAGGUUUUAAAAUUGCCACUUCUGGAAUAAAAAGAAAAUAUGAUACAAAAGAUGAAUCGAAUAAAAAGAAAAUUUUAUUAGAUCUUGAUAUUGAUUCAGAUGAACUGGAUAGUUCUGAUGAAAGUGAUGAAGAUGAUAAAGAUUCAGAGAUAAAAAGUAAUAAAAAUAAAAAUCAAGGACCAACAAAUUGUGCAUCACUUUACGGUAAACCUGGCCAGUGCAUUGGAAUACGUCAAUGUCCAGAAUUGCUGAAUCUUCUUCAAACGCGACCCCUUAAACCAGAAACUGUAGAUUUACUGAGACAAAUGCAAUGUGAUUUCGAUGAUGUUAAUCCCCGAGUCUGUUGUCCGAUUCGACGUACGUCACUUCGCGACGAUGAGUCUUCUCCUAUAAAUGAUUUCAGACCAAGUCCAAAUAUUGAAAAUAUUACCAACGAUGAAAAUGUACAAUACGACUUUUCCAACAAUCCUUUGCUUCCUACCAAUUGCGGCAAAGAUUUAUCCCAAAGGAUCUAUGUGAAUGGAAAACAUACAGCUUGUGGUGGAGUUCUUAUUAGUCGGCGUUACGUUCUAACGGCAGCUCACUGUAUCAAAGGCAAAGAUUUACCAAAAACAUGGCAACUGUCAAGUGUUCGUUUAGGUGAAUAUAAUACUAGCAGUGAUCGCGACUGUGUUACGGACGACGAGCGCAGCGUAAUUUGCGCGGAUGAUCCCGUGACGGUUGAAAUCGAAGAACAAAUAGCCCAUGAAAAUUAUCGACCACGCUCAAGAGAUCAAAAAUAUGAUAUCGCUCUUCUAAGAUUAUCCCGUGACGUUACAUUCACCACUUAUAUAAAACCUAUUUGUCUACCAUCGACUGCCUCCUUCGGUCAAAAACUAUUUGUUGCUGGUUGGGGAAAGACAGAAAAUGGUUCGUCGUCAAACGUAAAACUAAAACUUGUGUUACCUCUCUUUGACAAGGAACAGUGCCAAAAAACUUACGGAAACGCAGGAGUGACGCUGGGUCAUGGACAAAUUUGUGCCGGUGGACAAAAGGACAAAGAUUCGUGCAAAGGAGAUUCAGGUGGGCCUUUAAUGACUAUGGAAAGAAAUCGCAACGGUUUUGGUAAAUGGACUGUCGUUGGUGUUGUUUCCUUUGGACCAUUACCUUGCGGUAUGCUUGGAGUGCCUGGCGUUUAUUCCAGAGUGAUCGAUUUUGUACCCUGGAUACUCGAUAAAAUGAGAUUUUAAUAUCUAUAUUCAAAUUAUUCUCCAAUUCCACGAAUUUCAAUAUAUAUGUACAUAUGCGCAAAAAUAAAAGGAAAGCCAAUCAAAAGAUAUAUGUAUGUAUAUUAUAUAUAGUUUAACUAAUGAAAAAAUAUAAUAUCCUUCAUUCAAUGAAGAAAAUCAAUUUUCCUUAUCAUUUCAAAGGUUAUCUAUUUUAUAGGUCAUGAAAAAUAUCUUGCAAGAUGUGCGUGACACUUAUUAUUUAUUUUGUCUUAAUAAACAAAAUGCUUAAAAAAUUCAUCAGAAACAUGAUUCGUUUACUACGAAACUUAUCGUUUCUCAUAUGACGUAAAAUACAUUCGAUCUUGGAAUUGGGAAUCCCGCAGUUAUCUUAAUAAAUCAAUUAACAAAGACAGAAUACGGAAACUUGUUCGUAGAAAUAAAAAUUUCGCACUAUACAAAGCGGAAAAAAAGAUUUUUAUUUUCAUGCCUAUUAAAUGAGCAGUUCCUGCGAUACUGCAACAUAAUCACUUAAAACAUCGAUUAUCUAAUAAAACAAAUAUUUAUCGUAAUUCUUAUUACUAGUUGAAAGAAUUUUCCUCGUAAUUCCUCUCUUUGUUCUUUUUGCAAUUGAAAGACAUCAGACUCAGCAGAUGGCAGCAGUUAAUACACUGAGGACUCUCGCAUUAAUACAUUGUUCGCAAAA